CUCGGCGUAAUGGUGCGAUUUCCCCCAGCUCCCCGCCCUGUGCGACAGGAGAGUCUAGAUUCAGUUGGAAGAAAUAAAAAGUCUGGUUGUUGGGCAUUUCAAAGACAGCGUUUACAGUGUUGACAUACUUGAUGCACUUUUUGCGUUUAUUUCAUAAUCUGAAAGAAGACUAGCAUUUGGAAUAAUGGCAACAGGAGACCUAAAUGGAAGUUUAAGAAAAAUUGAACAAGGACUUCGCUUGUUAAAUUAUCCAAGAGAUGUGGAUUAUACAGUGUUAGUAAAGGGUGAUCCAGCUGCAUUUUUACCUAUCAUCAGCUAUUGUUUUACAUCUUUUUCGACUUGCAUAGCAGAGCUUUUGGUAAAGUGUGAUGUGGAACUGACAGCCAAGAGCGACUUGCGUUUUAUCGAAGCUGUUUAUAAGUUUCUUCGGGAUCAAUUUCAGUAUAAACCAAUUUUAACAAAAGAGCAGUUUCUUCAGGUUGGCUUUGCAGAAAGAAAAAUGCAAAUUGUUUGUGACAUUAUCAACAGUGUGGUGAAGAAACAUAAGGAGUUGAGUAACUCUAGUAAGGUUAAAUCCCAAACGAGAAAAAAAAUCAAACCUUUUAAAAUUGAAGUGUGGUCAAAUUGUGGUAAAGGUCUUGCUGAUCCAAGUCGCAGUGCUCUGAAUUCCAAACAGCACACUCAGAAGAAGCCUCUAGUCGAACGGCACUCAGGAAAUGAAGUUAGUGGUAAUCUUUGUCCCCUACCCCUUCCAGCACAGGAUGAGACUGAGGAAGAAUUGUGCCCAGAUUAUGAUAUUGUGGAAGUUAAAUGUGAACAAGACAUAGAAGAAAAUUCACAAAUUGAGUUUUUAAAGAAUCAGCUUGCGGAUUUCCAGGAAAAGCUUCAUAAGCUAGAUUGGAUGGAAGAUAAGCUACAAAUUUUAGAAGAGAAGCUGCAAGGAAAGGUGAUCAUAGAUGAGAAGGACUGGAAUAACUUACUGAAUCGAGUUUUGCUUCUUGAAACAGAACUGUUGUUACAAUCCAGAAAGAGAGACUUACCUAAAGACUUCAGCAAUAUAAAUCAAAAAAGAACUUCUAGUAGCAUUCCAGUUUCUUUUGAUACAGAGAGGAAUGAGGAGAUGCCAGAAAGUCAUCUUCAGUCGUCUGGAUGCAGUUCACUGUUACCCACAGACCAGUCUCCCAAAGACAUGACCAUUAAUUCUCAUGAUCUGACAGACAUUUCAAAGGAGACAAUAAGACAAAGAAUGGAAAAGAUAAGUAAAAUAAUUGAAGAAACCUUCAAAUUGUUCAAAACACCAAGCCCACCUCUGGGAAUACCUGGAAGCACAGGUCUUCAGACCUGGUCUCUGCAGACCUACGGAUACCCGAAAUAAUCUGUAUGUUUAUACAGCGUUCAAUUCUUAAUAUAUUGGAUUUGUAAUGAUCACCAGUGCUUUUAUUGCCUUGAAUAAAUAUUUUACUCAUG